AUGUCCAGCCAACCGACUAAUGGCGUCGGGAGCGAUGCGGUCCUUUCAGAAAUCCUAUCGACUCUCAAGCGUAUGCAAGUUGAUCAUGCCAGCCUAGCUGCCAACGUGGAAUCGCUGUCUUCAAGGGUCGAGACGCAAUCAACUCUUUCUGCUCUCCGCAGUCAGCCCAGAGGCAGCGUUAGAGACUCGCCAUCGCUGGAUCCCAUGGAGCUUGGCAAAGCGGCCUCUUCACCGUCAACAGAUUCGCCCUUCAGCUCGUCGAAACCACCACCAUCACCUACAGCUCGACGUUCCAGCGUGACGUCGCGGAUCAUAUUGACUACGUAUCCUGGGCAGUCUGGCAUAGAUCCGAUACCACUCGAUUGGGGAAACUCUGAUCCUGCCAAGCGUGGCCCCGUCAUUGUAUCUCGACUACAGCACACCAUCCGGAGACGCAAUGCCAUCGGUGCGCAUGGCGGCUCCUACUCCAUAUACAAUGCGUUGGCCGUGGCUUCCAACAACUUGGAUCUGGAGCACAAGCCGGACUUCACGAAUACUGAGCCGGCAGCCAACAUCGGGCCCUUUCCUGCCUGGGGUUCGAAGUCGAAAAUCGUUGCAAUGGAUCCUUACGGGCAUCUGGCUCCGUGGCUGUACAAGGAUCUGAUGCUCGGGCAGAACAUCGACAUUCGGCCUACCAUUGCUGUCACCAAAGCUCAUAUGAAGAUUCCUGAGCUCGAGCAGUCCGUGCAGGCAGGUCGAUUGAAGCCCGACGGCAAGAUCUGUAUCAACGCUCAGGGAGAGUUGGCGGUGACCAAAUUUGCUGUUGAGCCUGUAUGGUAUCUGCCGGGGGUGGCUGACAGAUUUGGCAUUGAUGAGGCCUCCCUCAGAAGAGCCUUAUUUGAAUAUACUGGAGGAUCCUUCCCUGAGCUCAUUACACGACCAGACAUCAAGAUCUUCCUCCCUCCAAUUGGUGGUCUUACAGUAUACUGCUUCGGAGAUCCUGCGAAAAUGUCUGAUCCCAACGUCAAAUUGGCACUGCGCGUUCAUGAUGAGUGCAAUGGUUCUGACGUUUUCGGAUCUGAUAUUUGCACAUGUCGACCGUAUCUCAUCUUUGGAAUCGAGGAGGCUGUGAAGGAAGCACAGAACGGCGGAUCUGGCGUCGUGAUAUACUUCCGCAAGGAAGGGAGAGCACUUGGUGAGGUGACCAAGUAUCUCGUAUACAAUGCCCGCAAGCGAGGUCUGGACAAGGCAUCAGAAUACUUCCAGCGGACCGAGAACAUUGCGGGAGUUAAAGACAUGCGGUUCCAGGCGCUCAUGCCUGAUAUCUUGCAUUGGCUGGGCAUAACGAAGAUUGACAGAAUGCUUUCGAUGUCGAACAUGAAGCAUGAUGCUAUUGUGCAACAGGGAAUACCUAUACAUGAGCGGGUGCUAUCCCAGAUGAGAUGA